AUGUUAAAAAAGUUAGAACUCAUCCAGUGAACUAACCAAAACAAACAAAAUGGCAGAACGGCGAUGCACAUGGAAAGAUAAAAAGAACAUUUUAGCUGUUGCAAUAGUCACGUCUUCACUAAAAAUUUUGCUACUUAACUCAUACCAUUCAACCGAUUUUGAAGUUCAUCGUAAUUGGUUGGCAAUUACAUCAAACCUGCCAAUAUCACGAUGGUAUUUUGAGGAAACAUCAGAAUGGACACUUGAUUAUCCCCCAUUCUUUGCUUGGUUUGAAUAUGUGCUAUCUUAUGUAGCUUAUUACUUUGAUAAGCAGAUGUUGCUUAUCAAGAAUCUGAAUUAUGCCAGCAACAAUACAGUUUUAUUCCAAAGACUUUCUGUUAUAGCUGGAGAUUUAUUUCUGUUACUUUCGUUAAAACGGUAUGUUCAAUUAUAUAAUGGAAAAGAAAAGGAUGAAAACAGGAAACUGUUUAUACUAAUUGCAGUUCUACUUAAUGCUGGGUUAAUCAUGGUUGAUCAUAUCCAUUUUCAAUACAAUGGCUUCCUGUUUACUUUCUUGAUCCUGUCCAUAACAGACAUGCAAAAGGAUCAUUAUUUGCUCAGUGCAUUUUGGUUUUCCAUCUUGCUCAACUUCAAGCAUAUCUUUUUAUACAUCGCUCCUGUCUAUUUUGUUUACUUACUGAGAAAUUACUGUUUUAAAAGAAACACAACUCAAACAGGUUUUACAGCGAUGCUUGGAGUCAAUAUCUUGGACUUGUCCAUUGCAAACUUAGUAAAGUUGGGUGUUCUAGUUCUUAGCGUGUUCGGGUUAUCUCUAGGCCCGUUCAUAUAUAUGGGACAAUUUAACCAGUUGUUAUCUCGUUUAUUUCCUGUCAAACGUGGUCUUUGCCAUGCAUAUUGGGCUGCCAAUUUUUGGGCCGUCUACAACAGCUUCGAUAAGCUUGCCGUUAUUACAGGUUCACGACUAGGUUUUUCUUUAAAAAAUGAGCAGGUUGCUUCAUUGACUGGUGGUUUGGUUGCGCAACAAAAAUUCGCAGUGCUACCGAAUAUCAGUCCUUUCUUCACCGCUGUUAUCACGGUUACCGCUAUGCUGCCUGCUCUUCUCAAGUUAUGGUAUCAACCUUGCAAAAGAGAUUUAUUUUUACCAAGUCUUACACUAUGUGCUUUCGUUUCAUUUGUUUUUGGUUAUCAUGUUCAUGAGAAGGCGAUUUUGAUGAUUAUCAUACCAUUAACACUUUUGUCGGUUAAAACUGUAGCAUUCGCCCGUGUAUUCACAAUAUUGUCAAUCAUUGGUCAUUUUGCCCUUUUUCCAUUGCUGCAUGAACAAGCAGAAACUCCGAUAAAGAUUCUUAUUUUUCUUCUCUUCACGCUCUGUUCACUCGUUUCUUUGUAUCAGAUACAUGGAUCGUCGGUCUCAGUGAUAUUUGGUAUUCCGUUUGUAAAGUGGUAUGAAGCUUUAUACCUACUUGGUUUGUUUCCACUCUAUUUAUACACGUCUUUGGGACACUGGCUACUCGAUUUUCAACAAAGGCUACCAUUUUUACCAUUAUUAAUAACGUCAUUAUACUGUAGUAUUGGUGUACUUUGGUCCUGGAUAUUGUUUUAUCGCAUUCUGUGGAUUGAAGAUAAUACAGACGAAAAGAAGACAACCUAAAAAUGUUGUCAGAAAUAUCGAUAAAAUAUUAAUCCGGCGUGGCUGGAUGAAGCAGCCGUUUUCUUUUGUACAUCUUCUUUGAUGGGGUGGCAAAGAAGUUAUGAACUUUUUUUGGUUUCUUUUUAAACGGAACUUAAAAGAAUAUAGCUUCACUAAACA